AUGGAUGAAGUGAUAAAAAAAGUUCGUUUGGGUAGAGGGUACAGAAUGGGUAGUGAUGAAGUGACAAUUAUCUGCUAUGCAGACGAUGCAAUGAUAUGCGCAGAGAACGAAGACGAUCUGCAGAGACUUUUAAACAUCUUCAACCGCACAGGCAAGCAAUUUAACAUGACUAUCUCAGCCCAAAAAACGAAAUGUAUGACCACAUCAAAAGAGCCGCUCAGAUGUAAACUGGAAGUGGACGGGCAAGUAAUUCAACAAGAGAUGAAGUUUAAAUAUCUGGGUAUUGACAUUACCAGUUAUGUAAAUGUGGUGGACGAAGUGAGGCAACAGGUAGCAAAAGCCAAUAAAGUGGCAGGCUGCUUAAACGAUGUAAUUUGGCGAAACAAACAUCUGAAAAAACAUACAGAAGUACGAGUCUGCAAAACAACGAUCAGACCGAUCAUGACCUACACGGCAGAGACAAGAUCAGAUACCGCAAAAACUAGUCGACUUCUGGAGACUACGGAAAUGAAGAUUCUCCGCCGCAUCUCAGCAAAAACACUGCUAGACAGAGAAAGAAACGAAAACAUCAGACAAUCGUGCGGAGUGGACAACGUGAACGACUGGGUGCUCCAAAGAAAAAGACAGUGGAAUUACCAUAUUAACCGUAUGCAAGAUGGCAGACUAGUAAAAAUCGUUAGAGACAAAUCACCUGACGGAAGACGGAGCGUGGGAUGA